AUGGAGGAAGAAACUGCAGAGCACGACGGCGACCCUUUGAAUGCUAGGGACGCCGCUGCAGUAGGAGACGGUUUCUUAGAUCAACUAUGUCCCCUUCUCGUGCUGCCGUGCGGGGAGGAUGCAAGUGGAGCGCCCGUGACAGUGCAAGCCUUGUGUGUGGGAGACGUCGGGGGGCGGUUGCUGAUUGCCCUUCCUGCCGCAGCGUGGCACCGCACCAUCGCCCGACGAGCUGUCCCGAAGGGGUUCAUCAGCCGGGUCUUCGGCGCCGAGGUUGCUGUGUGUUCGCGGAAGGACAGAGUCUCCGAGAUUCCUGGGCAAACCAUUCGUAUAUGGCUCGGCUUCUGCGAGAGCUCGGCCGAGGACACCCUAGAGGUCUCGGACGAGGACGUGACUGUGCCCUUUGGUCUUCUUCCUACCGGCGAACCGCUUGUGCCCCUGGUCGACUCGCUGGCCGAGAUUUGGCAGGUUCAGGUUGCACAGGCACAGGCCACGCCGUUGCAGACAGCCUCCGAAGGCCCUGCCCCAGCAGGUUUCGACCAAAGGCUUGCAAGUUUGGAGGCUACCGUUGCGACUUUGGCUGCCAGCCUUUCUGGCUACCCUGCAAAAGCCGAGCCCAGCUCUUCUGCUCAUCCACAGUUGAGGCUUCGACGGGUGCCCAAAGCCGCCGCACCCAAGCCGGGCACGGUUGCCGACGCCAACACUGGGGUUUAUCCGGGUUUAGACAAAGGGGUUGUCGCAGCAGCGCUGGCGGCCGGGGUCGAUUCCCAAGCCUUGCAAGAGAUGAGCCGGCUCGUCGGUGCCCCGGGGCCGAUGGGAAGGCUGAAACCGGAGCCGAGGCCAGCCUUGGCCGAUGCGGGGCGAGAUCCUUUGGAAGAGUCGGAGGACGAAGCGCAGGCAGCAAACGAGCCCCAGGGGCACCUCGCAGGUGCUGGGUCGGGUCAGGCUUUGACUUCGAACGGUUCGGCCGAAGCCCUUGCCUCUGCCCUCGUAAAGUGCCUAGACACCUUUCAAUCCCCCAGCUCUCAGAAGAAGGGCGCCCUGGAAAGAGCCCUCGAUGCUACCGGCGGUGGGUCUCUCGACACCUCCUUGGGCGGGGGGAGAAGAAAUUCCUCUGCCAGGCGCUUGCUUCGAGAGGCGCUGACCUCGUCUCCUCACGAGAUAUCAGCUAUCAUCGAAAAUCUCAUGGCCGAGGACUUGAGUGCCUCCACGCCGGGCAUUGCUAUCCCGCCCCUGACGAGCAGCCGUGCGUGGCUGGAACACAGGAGCAAAGUGCAAGCCUUUCCGACCAUGGUUCACCUAGCAUGGGCGAUAGCCGGGGCUUUGGAUUGCUUGCGGAACGGCCAGACCGCGCAAGCGAGAGCCCGCCUGAACAUUGCCUUGCUGCAGGCAGACCAGACCUCAGUGGACAAAGGAAACUGGCUACUCAGCCAAGAGUUAUCACUGGAGCCGUCUCCUCCGAUGGCCUCUUUCCGGCGUCACGACACGGGGCAGUCCUCGGCAGAGGGGGUCUACAGCAAGCUGUUGGAUCCGCGGUGGGCAGAGAUUGCUUUGUCGCGGCUUCGAGACGAGGCCGAUUUCCUGGAAAAACGGCAUCGACUAUCUCAGCGGCAGACUCCCGGGCCCAAGGAUGCGACAGAACCUUCGACCGAGGCCGGUCGGCGAGCGCCCGGAGCUGACGCUCCCCCUCUCGCUUUGCCCGCUUUGUGGAAUUCGCUGCCCCGGAUACUUUUGAAGAGCUCCGGGCCUUUCUCUUCUUUUCUUCGGUCUUCGCUUCGCUCGGGGGCCCAAUUUGCCUCCACGCCCCACACCUGGCCUUGUCCCAUGCCUUUUCCCGAAGCUUUCGCGGGCCGACCCGCGCCGGGACUUUGGAGGAAAAGCCUUCUCAACCUUACGGUGGCGCAACUUAGCUACCUUUACCUCGGCUGCCCUGAUGACUGCCCUUCUUCGGUGCGCCUCGGCGUGCCCCUCAACCGGAAGCAGUGGAAAGCCGUGCGGGGCUUACGGCACUUGGUGUUCGGCAGCUUUUUUCCUUUGCACUACGAGCCCUCUGACUACGGGCGAAUAGGUCACAAGGUGGAAGGUCAGGACAAGGUUUUGCAGGCGCUCGGCCGGGCAGCCGCCUCAGUGUGUAACAGCUUGGGUGGCUACUUGCCGCGUUCCUUUACGUCCGUUCCUGGCCCUUUUUCACCUGCGCCACCUGCCGACGUCGUCGGCCUUUUGCCUGGCAAACCUGACGUGGCUGCUUUGCCUAUCACGGCUGCCCGUGUGAAGCUGCCGGCCCGUCCGGAAUUUGACCCUGUACCAUACAUGGACAGCACUACGAAGGAGUUCUUCUUGGAGCCCCUACGCCAUGCACGAAUCCCCGAGCCGGGUGUCGAUAAGCCACCUUUCGUGAAGAUUUUGGCCGACUCCACCCAAAAGCUUCAGCUUCUCCAGAACCUUGCUAGGUCUGGCCGCCUCGAACCUUUGACUUCGGUGCCGCCUGAGCGUCUUGAUUGGGGCGCGGGCCUUUUCUGCGUGGCCAAAAGUGAAGUUAAGGACCGCCUGAUUUUAGACGCGCGCCCUGCAAACGCCCUCGAGGACUUUCCCGGCCGCUGGGUCCAUACUCUUGCAUCUGCAGCCUGUCUCGGCGGGAUCGUCUUAAAGGAGGGCGAGGUUUUGCUCAUGGCCGGCACAGAUUUGGUGGACUGCUUUUACCAAUUUUGUGUUUCGCCUCAGCGCGCCACCAGGAAUCUUCUUGCCUGUGCCCUCACCGCCAGUGAGGCUGCGUUCGUCUUCGAGCGCCCCGCUUCCGACUUUGGGCCCCCGGGCGCCGUUGUGCAUUGCGGCCUCACUUCGCUCGCAAUGGGCGACUCUUCUGCUUGUGAGUUCGCUCAGUGCAGCCACCUUGGUGUCUUGCUCCAGGGCCGAGCUUUGCAGGUGGGAGAGUUGAUGGUCCAGGCUCAGGCUCCUCCUAGGGGGCUUCUUUCAGUUGGCUUGGUCAUCGACGACCUCAUUAUAUUACAGCGUUGCCUUGCUGAGCAGUUGCCGAAGUUUUCUGCAAAGCCUGGGUCCUCUGCAGGCUCCCGCCGCUUGAGAGCAGCUCUUGAAGCUUAUGACCGGGCCCACUUGCGGUACUCACCCGAGAAGACCUUUGAAGACAAGACUCAAGCCUCGUUUUGGGGGGUUGACUGCUGUGGCGUUUCGGGGCUGGUGAGGCCAAAUCCUUCGAGGUUUUGGCCUCUGGUACUGAUUACCACUCGUGUGAUUCAGCUCGGCCUUGCCACCCGGUCGCUCCUCGAAUCCCUUGUCGGCUCUUGGGUUUCGGUCUUUAUGGUCCGGCGGCGGCUCCUCAGCUUGGUGAACCUGUGCUUCCAGGUGCUCCGCGAAGGGUCUCCUCAGGCCAUCUUGCGACUUAGCCCCGAGCUAAAAGCUGAGCUUGCCUCUUUUGUUUGCUUGGGGCACCUGGCUGUGGUUGAUUUGCGGGCCCCGGUGUUGCCCAUUAUCAUCGCCACCGAUGCGUCCAGCACCUGGCAAGCUGCCGUUGAAGCCCACGUGGCGCCCGAGGUGUCAGAGGAGCUCUUGCGGCAUACUGUGCAGCGUGGCUCUUGGACGCGUCUUUUGUCACCCCAAGCCGCCUACCUAAGACAACGGUGCCUCCUUGAGCCCUCUGACGAGCUGCCGGGGGAGGUGAGCUAUUUCGCUCAUCCUUUGGCUGAGGCUGCUGCGCGUGUGCCUGCUUACAAGUGCCUGUGGAGGCGCGAGUACCGCAAUCGGGUGCACAUCAAUGUGGCCGAGUUGGGUGCCUACUUGCGAGAAGAAGCGAGGGUGGCCGGGCGAUAUGUUGCUUCCCGACCCUUGUUUGGCCUUGACUCGCAGGUAAGUCUGGGAUGUCUGUGCAAGGGCAGGUCCUCCUCAGGUGUGUUAAACCGCAUGCUGGCAGCUUCUCUUGCACCGCUGCUGAGCUCGCGGGUCUUCCCGGGGCAUCUCUUUUACCCCUCAGCCCUGAAUCCUGCCGAUGACCCCACGAGGCAUCUCAGUGUAAGACCACCUUCCUGCCCAAAGCCUGCGUGGUGGGCUGCGCUAGAGGCUGGGGAUGCUACGUUGCUUGAGGCCUUUCUUGCUGAGCACGACAGUGCCCCUGACUCCAAUACCGGUUGCCGUGCCAAGACCGUGCCUGCCGAAGGCGAUCGCGAAGCUGACUUUAAACAGUCAGACCUUCUGGAGUUGGGCGGUAUGCGGCCCAUCGUUACCCGGUCCAACCGCGAAAGCCGGUCGUGCUCCUUGUCUCGGUUGCCUCCGCGCGCAAAGUGCACUGCCGAGCCUCCGGGCAAAGCGCCGCUUCUGCCUUUCAAGUCGAACCCUGCCGCCAGUGCUGUCGCUCAGGUCCUUGCUCGGUUUCCAGCUAGGCAGUUCGUGACGCCUCCGGGCGGUGCACUUGAUCUUGACGUGCCUGGGGCCCUUGACUUGUUUGACUCUGACCUCUGCUUUGCGCGUGCUUUGGUCCGGCACGGCGCCCCAUGGGUGCUCACUUUCAACAGUGCCCGGUCUCCCGACGAGGACCUUGCUUGCUCAACACGUCGCGCCCUCCUUGAGUGGUUGCUGUCUUGCAAGGCCUUCAAAGUUUUUCGUGCAAAGCCGCCGGCUUCUUCUUUCUCCAGGGCUGUUCGCCCGCCCGUCCGUUCUCGUGCUGAGCCGGCCGGUGUUGGGCAUCUUUCGCCCGCUAUGUUUCGCAAGGUGCAUGCAGACAACCUUUUGAAUCAGUGGCUUCUCCGUUGCCGCGACCUCGCUGUCCAAAACGCUGCCGCUUACUCUGUUGAGGCUCCAGACUGCGCCUACUUUUGGCUUAUGCCCGGCUGGCAGUUCGAAAGCCGUCCGGGUUCGACUGGUACUUUCAGGGCUGAUCUGUGUCAGUUUGGUUGCCUGUGGAGAAAGCGGACAAGGGUAGCCACAAACUGUAUGCUCGCUUCGGCCAGGCUUCUUUGCACUGGCAAGGUGCGGCAUCUUCGACUUCUUGGUUGGUCUUCCGCCCACCGUUUGCCCUGGUCUGCCGUCGCCGAGCAUUACCCUGCGGGCUUCUCCGAAGCUCUGGCCCUCGGUCUCUGUUCCCAUGCUGGCUGGACUUGCGCCAGGCCGUUGGACCCCAGCGCGUGUGCUAAGCUAGGGCCUUGUUGUCGCGUCGGUGAAGCCAAGCACCCUGGGCCCCGGUGGCGUCGCGGUCGUCAACCGCGCUCCAGCGGCGACCUUGAAGCCCAGCCGCUGCAGUCCGCAUCCUCGCUCUUCUUGGGCACUUCGGCCUGGACUUCCUUUCUCGUGUGGGUCUCCCCUUUCCUGUCUGUCGAUCCUCUCGGUUUGUUCGCGUCUUGUCCAGUGUUAGCCGCCAUGGCCCUCCGUGCUUUCGGCAACCACUUGUACUGCUCGGGAGGAACCAAGCACACCUUUCGGUAUACCUUGGUUGGAGCCCAACGCGAACUGCCGCUUCUCAAAGGUUCUUUGGCUCCAGCGUGGGAGCUGCUCUCGAGAUGGGAGGCAGUCGAGCCUGUUGUGCACCGGACCCCGCUUCCGGAGCCUCUGCUGAAGGCUAUGGUGGUGCUCUGUUGGCUUAAGGGUUUCAGGCGAUGGGCUGCCUGCUCUUUGCUGGCCUUCUAUGGCAUGGCUCGCAUUGGGGAAGUUCUGAAAUGCCGGCGUGAGCACUUGAUGCUCCCUGAGGACUUGUUUUACAACGUUGGAGCCGUCUUUCUGCGCCUGGAAACCUCAAAGACUUCUCUGAGAGGCCGCCCAAAGGUCCAGCACAUCCGGGUUGACGACGAGGAUGCCAUCGCCCUCAUCGUCCACGCUUUCGGCAGCUUGGGAAGGAGUGAGCCUUUGUUUCCGUUGAGCCCUUCGGCUUACCGCUCGCGCUGGGACAAGUGUCUUAAGACACUCGGCCUGGAAGGGCUGGUCGAUGUUACACCUGGAGGUCUACGAGGCGGGGGUGCGGUUGCAGCUUACCAUCGCGGUGCUGCGAUAGCUGACAUACAAUGGAAGCUGCGCCUAAAACACAUGGGCACCCUCGAACACUAUCUCCAAGAAGUAGCUGCCCUGGCCGCCCUGGACAACGCUACGGAUGAUGCCAAGGAGGAGAAAGCACAGGACCGCAACCGAAAGGUAAAGGAACGCCCAACAGUCAGAGCUUCUACACGGAGGGACAAUGGCAAGCUCGUGCUCAACACUGGACCCAACAAGCACAGCGAGGUGCUGGUCAAGAACACGUACGACUUGUCAGAAAAGAUGGAUGCGAACCCGGCGAGUGUUUGGCUGCUGCAAACAGAGAGGAUGACCCGAUCGUCGACGAAGCGCUUCGGAUGGUCGCCGACAAAGCUGGCGAAGGCAUUGGAUUUCCCUACCGAGCUAGUGGCAAUAGCAGGCAACUUACGACAGGCAGGAUACCAGGUGCUCUGCCAGGACGGAUGGUGCUACUCGUGGAGUCAGAUCCAGAUAGAUUUUUCGCCUUGGCCAAGCUCCUCCUGCUCUUGCCACUCGUGUGGAAGCCAAGCUGGACUUGAGCAGGCGUGGCCUCAUGGACGAGGCGGGAGACAACACCGUUGUCAUUCGAAUGUGUGCGAGCUGGUGUGCGAGCUGGUGUACUCGUCAAGAAUGGCAAAGGCACAACACCGUCAAAGGCCCGGGCACCUGUGCGCGACGAUGGGCAUCAUCUUUGGCGAUGGAGUCAUGCCGUUUGACUUGCAUGACACUUUGGGCUGGGAAGUUUGGGAGCGCAAGCAAGACGCAAUUCGCGGGCUAGUGCGGGUGCAGUGCUUGAGCGUUGCAAAGGCUCUGUUUCAGCAAGGAGGUCAAGACGUCGGUGGAGUUACCUUCUUUCCUGAGGCUGUGGUAGCUGAUGGUCGUGUCGGUCAGAGUCCUUCUAUUGGGUACGGCAUGACCAGGAAACGUGGGACGCUUACGCAGCCAGGCCCGGGCUGA